AUUGUCCAAUAGCGUGUGAGGGCAAUGUAAGGAGGCUCAAUGAUUGGCUCGUUCACAUGCCAGUCUUCUUAGAGUCUCAGUUUCCCGCCAUCGCCCACCUUAACGUGCGCGCACGCUGAUCAGUGCAAACUGGUGAUUUAUAAAGCGAAUUCAGCAGGUGAUCGGCGCUAUGGAGAUGAAGUCAUGUGACGAGUUGAGCUGCAUGUCACCUGUAGACGACAGCAAAACCAACCUGAUCGUCAACUACCUCCCGCAGAACAUGACGCCGGACGAGCUGAAGAGUCUGUUCGGCAGCAUCGGAGACAUCGAGUCCUGCAAGAUCGUGCGGGACAAAAUCACAGGUCAGAGUCUGGGUUACGGGUUUGUGAACUAUGUGGAUCCCCAAGACGCAGAAAAAGCCAUCAAUAUUUUAAAUGGACUCCGACUGCAGGCCAAAACCAUCAAGGUGUCGUUUGCUCGCCCGAGCUCCGCCUCCAUCCGUGACGCGAACCUGUAUGUCAGCGGUCUCCCGAAAACCAUGACGCAGACGGAGCUGGACCAGCUCUUCUCUCCGUACGGCCGCAUCAUCACCUCCAGGAUCCUGGUGGAUCAGAUCACAGGCGUGUCCAGAGGCGUGGGCUUCAUCCGCUUCGACCGGCGCACGGAGGCCGAGGAGGCCAUUAAAGGGCUGAACGCACAGAAACCGCCGGGAUCCACCGAGCCAAUCACGGUCAAGUUCGCCAACAAUCCCAGUCAGAAGAGCAGCCCGGCGUUCGUGUUGGACAGCAGACUGAUGCGUCCGGCCCAGAGGUUCAGGCUGGACAACCUGCUCAACGCGUCGUAUGGAGUCAAGAGAUUCUCGCCCGUGUCCAUCGAUGCGGUCAGCGGUCUCGCAGGCGUCCGGCUCCCGGCUCACGCCGCCGGCUGGUGUAUUUUCGUAUAUAAUCUCGCGCCGGACGCAGACGAGAGUGUCCUCUGGCAGAUCUUCGGGCCCUUCGGCGCCGUGAUGAACGUGAAGGUCGUACGAGACUUCGGCUUGGAGAAGUGCAAAGGCUUCGGCUUCGUCACCAUGAGCAACUAUGAGGAGGCGGCCGUCGCCAUCGCCAGUCUGAACGGCUUCCGGCUCGGGGAGCGAGUCUUACAGGUGUCCUUCAAAACGAGCAAAACGCACAAGGCCUGACGGAUGAAGACCGCAGCCGAUAUUUAAUGUUAAUUUUGUGUUCUUAAAAUGGUUUCCUUUUAAAAACAUGUUUAAACUGAAUAACUGUAACUUUGAAUGUUUUUGUUAUCUUUUAUUUUAGAUUUCUGUAAGUGCUUUAAAGUUCAUUUACAGCUUCUGUUUCUUUGACGUUGACUUGUGAGAGUUUCUUUUCUUAAGAGUUUUUCUUGGUUUCAUAAUGUUAUUUAACGUAAAUUGUAAAAACGCCAAAAUUACUAAAGCGAUGUAUAUGGCAAAACGAGUUUAAAAGCAUCUAUUUUUAUAAAAGAAACUGAAACGUG